GGAGUCUCCUUGGAUAAAGCAGGCAGACUGGAUCCUGGACACAGCUCCUGGGCUCAGCUGUGCUUGUGGGCCCCUUGGCUCCCAUUCUGCUUUCAGCACAGCAGCAAAAGCUGAGCAAAGGUUUUCUUCAUCACCUAUGGGCCCAUGCUGGUUUAGAGAGGAUUGCCAAAAGUAACAGAGCUUGUGAAAGGUGCCAGUACUCUCUUCUCAGAUGACCUCUUCAAUCCUUUGACACUUAACAAGGCAGCAUGAUCUGAUCUUCAGGCAAUCUCUCCUACAACAGAUCCCCGGCAGCGUCUGUGCUACUGUCUCUAGGCAGGCUCAGGCUCCAGCGGGGAAUUUGUAGCACCCAGCCGCUGGCGUCUUCUCCCGGCGGAAGCUCAACCAUUUGAAGAGAAGGGGAGGGAAAAAAAAUCCCAAUCAGGACGCUUGCACAUGCUGUUCUCUGCUUGCUCGCCUGGGUGUUCUGCUGAAGGACUGGGACAUCUGCAGAGGAGGGGGAGCGGCGGGGCCGGAGCGUGCCCUGCUCGGGGCUGAAGUUCCUGCAGCGCCGGGGCUGCGAGUGCGCUCAGCCCGGGGAGCGAGCAGCGCGGCCGGGAUCGCGCUCCCCGGAGCGUACGCAGACAGACGUGAUUAAAAUUCAAGCCUAAUGGCCUCUGGCAUAAACAACAUUCAUCAGCCCGGGACGUGCAAUGGAUCUAAUGCCGCUCGCAGCGGCUCGGCAGAGGAAUGCAAUCGGGAAAUGCACGUGAAAAUGUGCAAGAAGAUUGCCCAGCUCACUAAGGUGAUAUAUGCCCUGAACACUAAGAAUGAUGAACAUGAGGACAGUAUACAGGCGUUGAGAGAGGCUCAUGAAGAAGAAAUUCAGAAUAUUCUUGCUGAGACAAGAGAAACAAUUCUCCAGUGUAAAAGUAAAGCUGAAGAAGAGCAGUUACUGAGAAAGCAUAUUCAGGCCCUUGAAAUUGCAGUAGCACACCACAAGAGAUUGAAGGAAGAAGCCUUAGCAGAGUUAAUAUUGUGUAAAAAACAAGCAGAAGAGAAGGAGUCAAGAACAGAAGAGAAACAAGCACAGACGGGUGUUUCUACAGACACAGCAGACACUACUGCAGGCUUUGAAAAUAAACUUCUACAUUUAAAUCAGGAAUUUGAUGGACUGCUAAAGGAUUGUAAAGCAUUUAGAGGAGAAAAUCUAGAUAAAAAAGUACAUUUAGAUGAAAAAUGUAGUGUGGAAAGGCACGCUGUAAUGAAUGAGGUGGAAAACCUGAAGAGCGAGAACCAGAAAACAUCUGAAGAAUAUAUUCAAAAAACAAGAAAACUGCAAGCCCCUUGUGAGAUAGAAAAAGACACUUUGAAAAUAGCCAUGCAGCAAUCUGUGAUAGAAACAAACUGCCAACAAGGAGAAACAGAGCAAAAGAAGAGCUCAGAGACUGAGGAAGGUUUUUUACUGCAGCAGGUAAAGAAGCUGGAAGCAGAUCUAGAGGAGAAAAGCCAGAAGAUUAAUGAGAGGAAGAAACAUUCCCAGAAGCUGAAGGAGCGGAUACAGGAGCUCCAGACACAGCUAGAUGAAUUUAAAAGAAAAUCUGAGUGUGAACUAAAGCAACUAGAGAAAGAGAAAGAAGUUCUUACUGGGAAACUUCAAAACUCUUCACUGGAGGUGGCUCAGCUGAAGCAAAUAUUAGAACAACAAGCAAAUAAUUUCAAGGAGUCACUGAAGAAACAUAAUCUACAGUCCAACAAAGAAAAAGAGAAGCUUUUGCAGGAUCUUCAAAACACCAUUAAAGAAAACCAAAAUGUUAAACUGCAGUUGGAGGCAUCACAUCAAAAAGUCUUAAAAAUGUUGGAGAAAAGCAAGAAUCAGGAACUCAAGGAGGCAGAAGAACGUUUGAAAAAGGAAUUUAAUGAGACUUUCAAGAUCCAACAUCAGUCUCAUAAGCUGGAAAUACAAACCUUGGAAGAGAAAGCAAAAAAAGAAUUACAUGAUGAACUUGAGCAAAUACAAAAGCAGCAAGCCCUCUUGCUAGGAUCUCUAAGGAUGGAACUCUCUGAGCAGCAGACAUCAUGCACAAACCUAAAGAAGCAAAUAGAAGAGCUACAAAUGGAGCUGAGGAGCGUGAGGACACUGAAGAAGCAACAGGAAGGAAGUAGCCAAAGCCAGAUCAGAUCUCUUCGCGAUGAACUGGAAAAAUGUCAGAGUGAAAUUUCUGAACUCAAGAGAGAGAAUUUACUUUUGAAGGACACAAUGGAGCUGCUCAGUGCUGAGUUGGAGUCACAGAAGCAAGAAGCUGCACAGCUUCAGGAUAGAGAUAAACAGCAUAGAAGACUUAAAGAAUUAGAAGAAAAGUCAAAAAAGUGGGAGUCCAGGCCUGAAGAUAUGCACCUUAUAAACUGUCUGCAAGACAAAUUAAGUGAGAGAGAAGAGAUUAUCAAGCAGCUGGUGGAAGGAAGAAAAUGUCAGCAUUCACUUUCAGCCAACACUGAAUCUUACAGGAAUCGGUCAUUUUCUUUCAACCCUAAUACAGUAUGCCUGACUCCCUCCAUGAAGCAGAAGAAAAAGGUUGAGGUGCCCAGUCGUGUUGUCAGUGUUCCGAAUUUAGCUUCCUACGCAAAGAGCUUUUUGAGCUGCGACCUGAGAUCAAAAAGAAGUGCUCCUCAAAUAACAAAAUCUACAAGCUUAGACCGGAGUUCUGGCUGCCUGAGGGUGGGCUCUCCAUCAACACAGUCCUCAGACAGCACUACUGCCACAAGGACACAUGGCAAUGAAUCACCACAAACCAAAGAUGACCAAAAACAAGACCCUCAGCAUCAAGAAUGGUUUACUAAGUAUUUUUCAUUUUAAAGCAAACUAUUUCCAUACUUCUCAGAAUUACUAUAAAAGUCAUUCCUGUUUUCUUUUUAGGAAUGAUAAUCAAAUAGAUGAUUUAAGGGAAGAAGAAAAAAGUAAUUUCUAAGAUAGGAAAUACCUGCACUCUCUUACAUCUAGUAAGUUACAGGCAUGAAUUUCAGGAAAAUGCAUUUUUAACUUCUGUAAAAAAUGAAGGAAAAGUUUGGAUACAGUUACGUGAAAAGACUUUUU